UACUUGCACAGGAAAAACAUGGCGACCGUCCUGGCAAGACGUUUUCCUGGGCUGCUGAGGCCGCUGUCUGCGGCUGUGUGUACCAGGGCACCUCAGCUCUGUAAACUCUCCAGCUUCAUCCAUCCCCCGUCUCGCUUCGGCCCCACAACAGUCGCUGUCCGCGCUCCUCUUUGGGCCGACGUGUGUCGGACACCUCGAUACAACAUCUUGCAGCGUGUGUCCCCACUUGUUUCCAGUCUGACCCAGCAGCCAAGCAGAAGUCUGACAUACUUCAGUGUGAAAAAGGGGAAGAGGAAGUCUGUAAAAUCUGUGACUGACCGGUUCAUGCGGCUACAUUGUGGUCUUUGGAUCAGACGUAAGGCUGGAUACAAGAAGAAACUGUGGAAGAAGAUGCCUGCCAGACGAAAGCGCCUCAGGGAAAUUGUAUUUUGUAACAAAACACAGAGCAAACUCCUAGAUAAAAUGACUACCCCCUUUUGGAAACGGAGAAACUGGUAUGUCAAUGAUCCAUAUCAGAAAUACCACGACCGGGUCAAUCUCAAACUGUAAAGUGAUUCAUGUAAAGCUUUCUUUGAAUUGUUUAAAUGCCGUGUCAUUGUUGUACGUAAGAGGAAUAAAGCCCUUUGUCAAAA